GGAUCCUCAAAAAAUCAAGGAAGACCCACGGUAGGAAAAACGGACAUGGAUCACGGAACUACGGAACCCGUUUUUUGCGGACCGCAAAUAAAACCGGUCAUGUGCAUGAGGCCUAAAUGACAUAAGAACUAAUGGAUGGCUGCGAGGCAUUCUAAAGGAUACAAUGUGUCAUUGCCCCUGACAAGAAGCGUGACUACACUUCAGUUGUCUUAUGUUGCAUUGUUAAGGUGACUGUAUUAAGGAAAGGUUUUACUUUGGUGCUAAAUUGUUUCCAAUGGGAUUAAAAUGAUGGAGAGAAUAGGUAAAUAGCAGAAAAGCAUGGAACUUUAUAGCUGCUGAUAAAUGCAGGCCUGUCAGCCUGGCUGAUGAUGCCACAGGUCCCUCUGUCAUGUCAUGUGACCUUUAGAAUAUGGUGAUGUCACAGGGCCCUUUGUGACAUCAUGCAACAGUUAGGUUUAGAACUCUGAAACCUGAAUGGCAGCCAUAUUUCUUCAUCGUUUGACUGGUGAAGGCGACUUUUGCUAGUGCUAUAAAUAUAUAUAUUUUUCAAAUAGAAGACCCGAAAAGAAGGCCUGUUAGCCAAGCCGUUCCAAGUGUCACCCCGGAACGUGCUGAAGGCAGACAGGACCUUCCUCAGCCCAGCAUAACAUCUAGGGGCUGAAUAUGGAGACUUCCAGGAAUCUUCCAAAGAACAGGAAGAGGAAGAGAAAGAGAAAAAGGAGAGUUCAGCCGCCAAAUAAGAGGAGGAGAAUAGUAACACCUGAGAGGGCAAAUGAUGGCGGCAAAGAAAAAAAAAUGAUCAAGGCUUCAAAAAGACCUGGAAGCCCUAUACAGGAGAGUAUCCAGAGAAAGAGGAAGAGGGGAGAAGAGAUGGGGGGGAAAGCUGAUGACAGACCCAGCACGUCCUACAAUACUGACAUGGAACAGCUGUCAGGGACAAUUCCAGCAGACGCCCCCAUCCUUGUGACUGGACUGGAAAGCUUCACCUUCCAUAAAAUCCUUGGAGAGGGUGGUUAUGGUAAAGUCAUGCUGGCCACACAUCCCGCCUGCCAACAACAACUGGCAGUGAAGCUGGUGAAGAAGAGGGUCCUGCUUCAGGACUUUAAAGACAAUGUCCUGAUUGAGCGACAGGUCCUGGAGGUGACUGGGAAGAAUCCAUUGUUUACCCAUGCUUAUGCCACCUUCCAGACCAAGGACUAUGCCUUCUUCAUCAUGGAGUUUCUUAGCGGAGGAGACCUAAGUGGUCUCAUGAGAGCCAACGCCCCAUUCACCAUUCCAGUCACCAGAUUUAUGGCAGCUGAGAUCAUCUGUGGGCUGCAGUUUCUCCACACCAGAGGCAUCAUACACAGGGACAUAAAACCAGCCAAUAUCUUAAUGGACAGCGCCGGUCACUUGAAGAUCGCCGAUUUUGGUCUUGCCAUGAUGAACAUCUUUGGGGAUAAGAAGAUCUCAGAAUAUGCCGGAACUCUUAGAUACAUGGCUCCUGAGAUUCUUCUACAGAAGCCCUACAACACGGCAGUGGACUGGUUCUCAGCUGGUGUGAUGAUAUAUGAGAUGGCUACUGGCAAAUAUCCAUUCUAUGCCGGUAUACUUCCUGGAACUAUCGAAAAGUCACUGAUCAAUGAUGUUCCCACCUACCCAAAAGGACUCAAUCCCCAAGCCAGAGACCUUAUAGUGGGGCUCUUAAACAAGUCACCAGAGAGUCGCCAGGUAGUGGUACAUAACAUCAGGGAACAUCCGUUUUUCAUUGAAAUCAACUGGACAGAUAUAGAGGGAGCAGGAGCUCGUCCACCAUUCCAACUAGGACCACCACCAGUGAUGACAUUGACAAAAAUCGAUGACAUCCUGUCCUCCACCGAAGCCAAUAAGUCACCAAUGGCUGAAAGAGAUCAACAACUGUUCUGUGGAUUCACAUUUGCCAAUGAGAACUGGCAGGUCGUAAAGCCAAUUAAAGAACCUUUCAUACGACCACGCAGAACGUUUGGCAGAUUUGUGAGAGAGACCAUCCGCAGGAUCUGGAGGAAGAUGAAAAACUGGAAGUAAAGAGCUCCACUCUGUAUACAGAUGUCCCCAGUAGAUCAGUGGGUGAAAAACAUCAUGUUCCAGCAGAGCCUCUUGCUGACAUCAUAAACAGCAGAAAAACCAACCAAUACUUGCUGUCCUUGUAUGAGCCUCAGAUUCCAAACUCUGACCUCUAUCUGCUCUCCUGACUACUCAUCGGUACUGUGCUACACCAGUCCUUGUUCCUCAGCUUCAUUUCCAGCUGCCACUAGAAGUUACCUGAGGGCUGUGAACUGCAGUCUAGCAGGCAGCCAAGAAGCUAUGGAGUCGAUGAAGAUUCUUCCAAGAGUCAAUGACUUGACCGCCAGCGCUUCUAGUCGACAAGUUGCCUCUUGUGCCCAAGGGAAGGGUGGUCCUUAGGCCAUGGUUCCCUAGAGGUUUCCUCCACAGGGGGUUUUUCCUUUCCUGCGUGCCAAUGGAUCAUAACAUCGACAAGAAAAUGGCGACUUGUUAGACUUUGCCCUCAGUGGAGAUCACACCAUCCACUAGUGGUAAAGAGGGACAGAAAAGGACAUCUACCACCAAUAAACAGUACCAUUUACCAUCAUGUGGUUGUAGAUUAUUUAUGCUUUAUCCAACAAGUCCCACAUGCAUAUUAGGGCAAGAGCCAUCUAUAUACUAUGGAUUGCUAUUUAUCCUGUAGUUGGGGGAAAUCCGAAGGCACUUUCAUUGGAUGUUGUCUUUUUUAGGUGGUGCUUCCCAGUUGCAUGCAUUGAACAAGGGGGGGAUCCAAAGUCCAGCUAAAUUGGGAGGCUGAUCAGAUCCUUAGUCAUCAGCUGCACAGGGAGCAAAAGGGAAGGAUUAACCCUAGCAUUUUACAUAUACCCAUGCUGGGUGAGCGAAAUAUCUUGGCAAAAGACAACUUUUCCAAUUUUUUUAUACA